CCAUCGAUGGAAACUGAUCGUCGCAUUAAUUUGACUAGGAGCAACGUGCAACCGGCGCAGUUCCAACCUGUCCAUCCAGUUGACUGCGGUCGUUUACCGCGAUCGAAGCCGGCUCAUUAUUCGCCAUAACUCGCGAUAACGAACUAAUCGUACCUACUAACAAACUCUCGCCACCUGGCUGACCGAUCACAGACCUUCGAAAAAUCUCAAAGACACUCGCCACGAUCUCGUCGAACGGUCAGCAUGCGGUGUUUCUUCGCGCUUUCGUUUCUGUCCGCGUGUUGUCACUUUGGAUUGUGUUUCGAACGAGACAGGAGGUACUUGGUGUUCCCAGUGCCCGGCAACGUAGCGCCGACCAAAGUCCAGUUAAUCCUCGGCCUCGGUUUACCCACGGAAGUCGACGUCAGCUUGAUUAUCGGAUAUGUGAUGAAAUUUAAUUACGCCCUGCCCUAUAACGCCUCCUACUUGACGGAUUCAUACGUUCGCCAUGACAGAUCGAUCAGCCCCGGUGUCGAGGUCGACGAGAAUGACGAGCCAACGCCGGAUCACCAAGUAGGAGUGGCACGUGUCAUUACCAGAUGGGAAAUUUACGAAAUACUCGAGUCGGUCCUCGGUGGUUCGCGAUCAGGAAAGGCUUGUCUUUUGAGAGCGAUCUGCGAGGCUUCAGCGGUGCCUUUUAAUCGAGUUCACGGUCUCAGUUCUCAGCUCGUUCAUCUUCUGCUCACGCCGUCGAUCACCUCUGAGCCUUUCAGGACUGACUUUGAUCGAGUAUAUCACGCCGCUGAAAUUAUGGGCCGACAAGGAGUCAGCCUCUGUGAUAGUUUAUUCCCGGAAUGUACAGUGAGCCCUCUGGAUUACUUCACCGAAGUCCACCAACGAUCAUUCGGCUAACAUUGUCUGGAAUACGCUCACUUAAUUGAUAGAAAAAUAAACUUAAAUCUCCCGGUUUUAUCCUUCAAGAUUGAUCGUCAACGACAUCCCUUCCUUGCGUUUCAUUUUUCUAUGCUCUUUCAUUGUCAGUAAUAUACA